AUGCAACCGUUAAUCCCCUAUCCUCCACAAUUCCAAUUCAUCAUAUUUUCUUGGUUCAGAAAGGACCACCAAUCAUCAUCAUCAUAAUCCUGCAUGAUCUUUCCAACUUUCAACCUAUAAGCAUCUUAUCUUCUUAAACAUCAUCAUCACCAUUCAUUGCAGCAACACCUUCUUCAUUCACUGGGAAUGGCAUCUGCCGAGAGCAACCCAAAUGCCCAACUCCUUGAAGAACUAGAGGCUUUGAGUGAGUCCCUUUACAAAUCACACACCUCCACCACAACUAGAAGAACAGCUUCACUUGUGUUGCCAAGAACUUCAGCUCCACCUGUUGAACAUGAUGUUAAUCUUGAAGACGGAAGCAGCACCAAACCUCGACCUCGCCGCAUGUCCUUGUCUCCAUGGCGAUCAAGGUCAAAGCCUGGUGAUGCCAUGGCCAAGUCAGAAACCAAGAAGCUUGAUGGCACAUCAACAACUUCGUCAGGUGACAAUGACAAGAAGGGGAUUUGGAAGUGGAAGCCUAUAAGGGUUCUGUCUCACAUUGGAAUGCAGAAACUAAGUUGUUUGUUUUCUGUUGAAGUGGUCACAGCACAAGGCCUUCCUUCUUCCAUGAACGGACUAAGACUUUCUGUUUGUGUUAGAAAGAAGGAAACAAAGGAUGGUGCUGUUAAGACAAUGCCAUCAAGGGUAGCACAAGGAGCUGCUGAUUUUGAAGAGACCCUUUUCAUCAGGUGCCAUGUCUAUCACACCACCAACCAUGGUACAUCAAAGCAAAUCAAGUUUGAGCCACGCUCCUUUUGGAUAUACCCCUUUGCUGUUGAUGCUAAAGAGCUUGAUUUUGGAAGAAGCUCUGUGGACUUGAGUGAAUUGAUUAGAGAAUCCAUUGAGAAAAACCAACAAGGCACGCGGGUGAGGCAAUGGGACACAAGCUUUGGUUUGUCUGGGAAGGCAAAAGGAGGAGAACUAGUUCUGAAACUUGGCUUCCAAAUCAUGGAGAAAGAUGGAGGAGUUGAUAUAUAUAAUAAUCAAGUGGAGAGUUCAAAGUCUAGCUUUGGCAAGUUGAGUAAUAUCUCUUCUGCUUUUGCUCGUAAACAAUCCAAGACAUCAUUCAGCAUGCCUAGUCCUAGAAUGACAAGUAAAAAUGAUGCAUGGACUCCUUCACAAUCUGGAAUGGGAGGGGAUAUUCAAGGAAUGGAUGAUUUGAACCUUGAUGAUCCAAACCCUGUUGAGAAUCCCUCUUCCUCUACUCAGAAAGUUGAUGAACGUAGUAAAGAGCAGGUGGAGGAUUAUGAUCUCCCGGAUUUUGAGGUUGUGGAUAAAGGUGUUGAGGUUCCAGAGAAGGAAAAAGAUGGAGAAGGGGAAUCUGAGGAACCUGAAUUGGUGGAAUCAGCUUCAAGGGAGGUUGUCAAGGAAAUAGUGCAUGAUCAGUUGCAUCUCACUAGAUUGUCUGAGCUUGAUUCAAUUGCACAGCAGAUAAAGGCUCUUGAGUCUAUGAUGGGAGAAGAUGACAAGUUUAUGAAGAUAGAGGAAGAGACAGAAUCACAGAGGCUAGAUGCAGAUGAAGAAACUGUGACAAGGGAGUUUCUUCAGAUGCUUGAGGAUCAAGAUAGAAAAUGGCACUUGUUCAAUCAACCUGAAAUUCCACCUUUACAACUUGAAGGACACUAUGAUUCUUCUGCUGAAGAUGGAGAAUCCAAAGUGUAUCUCCCAGACCUUGGAAAGGGCUUGGGUUGUGUGGUUCAAACAAGGGAUGGAGGCUACUUGGCUUCCAUGAACCCUUUGGAUAUUGGUGUGGCUAGAAAAGAUGGUCCAAAGUUAGCUAUGCAGAUGUCAAAGCCUUUUGUGUUGGCAUCACAUCAAUCAGUGACAGGAUUUGAGUUGUUUCAGAAAUUGGCUAGCAUUGGCCUUGAUGAACUAAGCUCCGAAGUUUUGUCCUUAAUGCCCAUAGAUGAACUAAUAGGCAAAACUGCAGAACAGAUUGCUUUUGAAGGCAUUGCUUCAGCCAUCAUACAAGGUAGGAACAAGGAAGGAGCAAGUUCUAGUGCAGCUCGCAUAGUUUCUUCCUUGAAAAGCAUGGCAAAUGCCAUGAGUUCAGGAAGGAAAGAAAGAAUAUCAACAGGACUUUGGAACGUUGAUGAAGAGCCAAUCACUCCAGAGAAGCUUCUGGCUUUUGCAAUGCAGAAGAUUGAGUCCAUGACUGUUGACGCAUUGAAAAUUCAAGCUGACAUGGCUGAGGAAGAAGCCCCAUUUGAUGUUUCUUCACUCAGUUCAAAGCAAGGGGAGGGUGGGAAAGAUCUUUUGGCUUCAGCUAUUUCACUUGAGGAUUGGAUCAGAGACCAAAGCUACAAAAAGAGUAGUGAAAGUUCUGAUAGUGAACAAGUAAAAGUGACAAUGAUAUUGGUUGUCCAACUGAGGGAUCCAAUGAGACGCUAUGAAGCAGUUGGAGGACCUGUGAUGGUGCUUAUUCAUGCAACAAGUAUUGACACAAAGGAGAAUGAUUAUGGCUAUGAGGAGGAGAAAGGGUUUAAGGUAACAAGCGUGCAUGUGGGGGGUUUCAAAGUGAGGAGUGGCACUAAGAAGAACGCAUGGGACAGUGAAAGGCAAAGACUAACUGCAAUGCAAUGGUUAGUUGCAUAUGGGUUGGGAAAGGGAGGGAAAAAAGGGAAGCAUGCAUUGGCAAAAGGGCAAGACCUGCUGUGGACCAUUUCCUCACGAAUUGUGGCUGAAAUGUGGCUCAAAACCAUGAGAAAUCCAAAUAUCAGGCUUCUAAAGUAAUAAGCACGUCCAAUUUAUUGUUAAUUAUGCCAAGGAAACAGUUGCAUUUAUGUAUCAUAGAAAAUUCAAUUGCAUGUAAUCCAAGUGGAAAAGGUUCUUGGUACACUACCAUUUGUGCAGAUUCAUGCAUUCGAGAAUUGUGUAAAUGUUAUGUCAUUAUUAGUUGUUUUUGUAAAACCUAUAUAGGACAUAUUGUAUUUGAUUUAUAAACGAAUAUAUUGGCUUUACAAUUACAAGGGUCUGAAUGACCCUAUUUCCACUUAUUAUUCAAUAUUUUUUCUCCCUUUUAUUUUCUUUUUAGCCUGUCAGUGCAUAUUUGUUGAUUUGAUUGAACGAGAAAUGCUAGUAGCAAUACAUUAUU